AUGGUGUCAGCUGCCAAAUACACGCGUGCUGAGCGUGACCUGAAAGCUGCAAGACCAUAUGGAGAAGGUGCUGUCAUAUUUUAUGAACGUGCUGAGGUUGCUGCCCCAGAAGAUGAGCCAAAGCAAUUGUACAUUGCAAUGACCUCUGACAGAGGUCUAUGUGGUGCUGUGCACACUGGUGUGUCUAAAGUGAUCCGUAACAAGUUGAAUGAGCCUGGAUCUGAGAACAUCAAGGUGAUCUGUGUUGGAGAUAAGUCUCGCAGUAUUCUGCAGCGUCUUUACGGGAAACACAUCAUUAGUGUUUGUAAUGAGAUUGGUCGUUUGCCGCCAACAUUCAAAGAUGCCGCGACGAUAGCCAACGCCAUCAUGACCUCUGGUUAUGACUUUGGUUCCGGAAAGAUCAUCUACAACAAGUUCAAGUCCGUCGUGUCCUACGAACAGUCAGACUUGCCACUGUUCAGCUUGAAGUCUAUUGAGACUGCCCCCAAACUGGCCACGUACGACUCCCUGGACGCCGACGUGCUACAAUCGUACAUGGAAUUCUCUCUGUCGUCCAUGAUCUUCUACGCGCUUAAAGAGGGCGCCUGUUCCGAACAAUCGGCUCGUAUGACGGCCAUGGACAACGCUUCCAAGAACGCCGGAGAGAUGAUCGAGAAACUCACGCUGACCUUCAACAGAACCCGUCAAGCCGUCAUCACCAGGGAACUUAUCGAAAUUAUCUCUGGUGCUGCCGCUCUGGACUAG